UUUAUUUAUUGAUGUAUUAUAAUUUUAUUUUUUAAUUUUUUAAUAUUAAAAUGGUAUCAUAUGAAUAAAAAGUUUAACACAUCUAAUAAGUAGUAAAAAAAUAUUUAAAAUAAAAUUAAUAAAAUAUAUUUUUAUUGUAAAAUAAAUAAAAUAUAUUUGUUAUUAAAUAUAUAUAUAUACUUAUUUAUUUGAAAUAAAAAAUGAAUAGAAAAAUAAUAUAUUUGAUGUAGAGUAAAAUGUAGAAAUAAGGGAUGAAAAUGAAUGUUCAACUCUACUCUAGAGUAUUAGAGAUAAGAGCUGGAGAUGGCCUCAGAAAAUCUCCCCGAAAUCCGCCAAUCUAAAGAAAGUCUUUGAUGUGUUUUAUUUUCUUUUCUAGUUUUGUGGAUUUUUAUUUAUUUUAUUUUUAAUUUUUAUCAAUGAAGCUCUACCGGUAACCAAACGCACCAUGAGAAAAACAAAAAGGUGAGAAAACAACACAAACAAAAGAAGAAAAAGAAUGUCAGCGCUUUCUGUUAUUCCCACAACUGUAGCUACUUUUAGUUUAUCCCAAUCAAGAAAGCUUCACAAACCCAGUAAAAAUUUCGCCAAAAGAUUAGAUUCACGGCUAGAAUUUCAGAAACCCAGUAAAAAUUCCGCUAAAAGAUUAGAUUUUCGUGUGGAUUUUCUGAAACCCAGUAAAAAUUUUGCCAAAAGAUUAGAUUCUCGAGUUGAUUUUAACUGCAGAGACUCUGUAUCUUGGGCUCGUGGGACCAAAAUACAGAAUAUUAUGAUAUAUGAUCGGGCUAGUACGAACGAUGAGAGUAUUGAGGUUUUUGAGCAGGAAGCUUUUGUGGAUGGGUCUUCGAAACUCGGAGCUGGUCGACUCGAAGCUACUCUCAAUAGCUUGAGCAAGUGGCUCGUCUCAGCACUUUUUGCCGCAAUUGUUCUGUGGAAGCAUGAUCCCGAAGUAUUAUGGGCAGCUAUGGGUGCUAUUCUCAAUGCUCAACUCUCGGUGGUACUUAAGAAGUUACUAAACCAAGAAAGGCCUAUUUCUACAUUGAGAUCAGACCCAGGAAUGCCUUCAUCUCAUGCACAAGCCAUCUUCUACACAGUCUUAUUUCUCAAUUUGGCAAUGGUAGAGUGGUAUGGGAUGAAUGUGCUGACAGCCACUCUAGGGGGAUUUCUCGUCAUACUCGGUUCUUAUUUUCCAUUGAACAUUGUAAAAGUUCACAUAAACUCGCUAGUUAACAUUCUGCUAUCACAAAAUGCUUUAUGCAUUAUUGACGAGUAUCGUCAUGGCUUCGAGUUUCCCAACAACUUCAUACGGCUAUGCAGUUGGGUCUUGUGUUGGUUUUCUGGUGCACGUUAUUCGUACGUGGAUGGUGGAGGAAAGGUGAUCCCAUCUGAUCGUAAUAAUGUGGCCGUGAGUGGACCUUAA